UUGCUAGAUUCGUCAUCGUGACUAAUCAGGUGGGAGGAUGUUGCUGUUAUAGCGGUCCCUGGUAACGCAGAUACUGGCGGCCUGGGGAGUUCUGUGAGCCGGCUCGUCAAUUUCUCCCCCCUCCAUUCUCUCGGCUGCUCACCUGAGAGCGUCGACAGUGUUCGGGGCUUCAGUACUGGAGGAAUAAUAAUGCCGGUCCGCACUGAGUCCUGCAGCAACGGAUCUGCGGCCUUGAUCUCCUCGGCUUCACUUAUUCCACCGCCCCCGAUCAACACGCAGCAGCCUGGUGUCGCGACCUCACUCCUCUACAGCGGUUCCAAGUUCCGCGGGCACCAGAAGAGCAAAGGCAACUCUUACGAUGUGGAGGUAGUUCUGCAGCAUGUUACCAAGGAAGACUCUUAUUUGUGUGGGUACCUGAAGAUCAAAGGACUUACUGAGGAGUACCCAACACUUACCACGUUUUUUGCAGGGGAAAUAAUCAGUAAAAAACAUCCUUUUUUGACACGGAAAUGGGACGCAGAUGAGGAUGUAGACCGUAAACAUUGGGGGAAGUUUCAGGCUUUUUAUCAAUAUGCAAAAACAUUUAACUCUGAUGAAUUUGACUAUGAAGAACUAAAGAACAGUGACUACGUCUUCAUGAGGUGGAAGGAACAGUUUUUAGUCCCCGAUCACACAAUCAAGGACAUCAGUGGUGCUUCUUUUGCAGGGUUUUAUUACAUCUGCUUCCAGAAAUCCACAGCUACCGUCGAGGGCUAUUACUACCACAGAAGUUCAGAAUGGUACCAGUCCUUAAACCUCACCCACGUUACUGAACACAGUGCCCCAAUAUAUGAGUUCCGGUGACAUCGGCAGUGUCGGACCAUCAGCAGAGAAUGGGAUGUUCAUAUUCCAGGACUGUUAUGAAAAUAAUGUAAACAAACUGUUAUUCAUGGUAAAUGACAUGCCAGUCUUUUGUGCUGAAGGACAGAUGGCAUGAUCUCCGAGGAGCGCUUCGUGCACGACUGACCGGGUGGGAAUGUGAGAACCAGGAUUGACGGGGCAGUUUUAUUUUUUUAUCUGGGUUUUUAAAGCUACUUUUGUUUAUUUGCACACUCCUGCAAUCUCUCCGGUAUAGAUUUUGGGUCCUUCGGUUGUUUUCCAUAACAGAAAAGAAAGAAAGGAAAAGCAGCGAAUAGUGCAAACAGUCUUCUGUUCUCUCUGCACUUUUUAGUUGUGACUGCGUCAGGGAAUAAUUAACUUUUUAUGUUUAAAAGCAUGACACAUUUAUAUUAUAAGUUAGCGCCAAAUGUGUUAAGGCUGCAAAGCAGUCUAUCUUAGUUGCGCCUUAAGGACUUUUUCAUUAUUGCUCAGAAAAUAAAUUUGGCAGGGCUUGCUUUUCAAGAAACCUUCAUCACUAAUUUUGGGGCUUGCAAAUAAUUCCCUGAUAUUUUAACCAUGUAGAGGCUUCAGAAGCUUUGUGGCCUUGCAAUGUAUCCACCCUCCCUCCCCCAUUUAUGUUUGUGAUCUGUUUGAAAUGACCAGAGAUUGCCUAUCCAGGAAAUCAUGGUAUGAUGGUGGUGGUUAUGUAUCUUAUUUUAUUUAUUUUUUUAAACAAAGAAAAGCUUUUGAGGUGUAAUGCUGACAAUCUGAAAAGAAUCACCAGUGACCAGUUCAUAUAGGCAUUCAUUUUAAGGUUCUCGGACCCCUGCUGAGUUUUUUUUCGUUGUUUUUUACGUUUCAUCUAUGCAAUGUAAUGCUUACAAUCACUGCGGGAAUACUGAUAUUUUCUGCUCCUUUAAGCAUAGUUUGAUUUAUCGUAAUUAAUUUUUAGAAACUGGUAUCAAGGCAAGGUAUUAAUUUAAAUGUUUGCCUUACAAAACCCAUUUUAUUUAAAACACUAAUCAGCUAUUGUAUGUUCCCCUACGAUGAUGCCCUAUAUAUUUUUCCGCAGUGGUGACUGAUAGCUUGAGAUACCCUCAUGAUCAAUACCUCUCAAUUCUUAGUGUUUUAGCGAACAGCACAGUUUGCAGGAAUGUGGGGGUUUGCAGUAUUUCUAUGCUUCUUGCCUCUUUAAUUGUGGAAACCCUGAACUGUUUUAAUUGAUACAUGUGAUACCUAGAGGUGUGCCUGAAGAUCAGAUCACAUUUAAAUAGCACAGUAGAGAUUCAGUUCUUCAAUGGAGAUGUCUCAAAACAUGUCCACUUUUGCAUGGGUUUGUGUGCUUAACAUUGGCACACUAUGGUUUAUUUCCACAAUCUUUCAUCUGUAAACCUAUUGCCUUAAUUUUAUUUUGAAUGAUUACAGUACAUUCACAAAGAUGGCUGAAUGUGAUAUACAAUCCAAUCAACUGAGUUUUUUUUUUUUUAAUUAAAGGUUACUUUUAAACUAAGCUCAUAACAUUUUAGAGGUAUUAGGAAUUUAAGCACAUUUUCUCCUGUAUAUGUUUUUGCAUCUUGUUAAAUUGUCAAAAUGUUCCAGAAACCCAAACGAUAGAUACAACUCCUACUCCCCUUUUUCUUAUUAUAAGCUAGUGCAGGUGGAAGUUAAGUUCUGCUGUACCUACCUCAAGAAUCGAUGAAUAAGUGCCUCUUUAUAUUGACUGCUAACAGGUGACAGCAGAGACAAUAAGUUUGCCAGGUGUUCAAAAAUAAAGUGUAUAUAUAGAGGCUAGAGAUUUAAAAAAAAUAAAGUUUGACAGAUUGAUGCAUUUUAAGCUUUGUCACAUCUGAGCAGACUGAUAAGUGUUUUGCAUAUCAUUCACGACACAGUCCAACUAUAUGCUUAUUAA